UCAUUGGACCUCUCUAACUAUCUCUCACCUUCUUCUUCUGUUUAUAUUCUUCUCCUUUCUUUCCACUAUUUUUGCCUAACCAACACCAAUUAAUUUCAAUCACCAUACCAAAACAAAAUUCAACAUUUCUUGACGAUGAAACGAAGCCAUCAAGAAACCUCUGUAGAAGAAGAAGCUCCUUCAAUAGAAGGUAGUGGUUGUGGUGGUGGAGACGAUAACAUGGACGAGCUUCUUGCUGUUUUGGGUUACAAGGUUCGAUCUUCAGACAUGGCUGAUGUUGCACAGAAGCUUGAACAGCUUGAAAUGGUCUUGUCCAAUGAUAUUGGUUCUUCUAAUAAUGCCUUAAACGACACCGUUCAUUACAAUCCUUCUGAUCUCUCCGGUUGGGCUCACAGCAUGCUCUCCGAGCUUAACUACUACCCGGAUCUCGACCCGACCCGGAUUUGCGAUCUGAGACCAAUCCAAGACGACGACGAGUGUUGCAGUAGCAGUAACAGCAACAAGAGGAUUCGACUCGGUGCUUGGUGCGACUCAGUGAGCAGCGACUCAACUCGUUCCGUCGUCCUUAUCGAGGAGACAGGAGUCAGACUCGUCCAGGCGCUAGUGGCCUGCGCCGAGGCGGUCCAGCACGAGAAUCUGAGCCUCGCGGAUGCUCUCGUGAAGCGCGUGGGAACACUCGCGGCUUCUCAAGCAGGAGCGAUGGGGAAAGUCGCCACCUACUUCGCCGAAGCCCUAGCUCGUCGGAUUUACCGGAUUCAUCCUUCCUCCGCCGCCAUUGACCCUUCCUUUGAAGAGAUUCUUCAGAUGAACUUCUACGACUCGUGCCCUUACCUGAAAUUCGCUCAUUUCACGGCCAAUCAAGCGAUUCUAGAAGCCGUAACGACGUCGCGUGGCGUACACGUAAUCGAUCUAGGGCUUAAUCAAGGGAUGCAAUGGCCGGCGUUAAUGCAAGCCUUAGCUCUCCGACCCGGCGGUCCACCGUCGUUUCGUCUCACCGGCGUUGGGACUCUGUCGAAUCGGGACGGGAUUCAAGAGUUAGGUUGGAAGCUAGCUCAGCUGGCUCACGCCAUCGGCGUCGAAUUCGAAUUCAGUGGUCUAACGACGGAGAGAUUAUCUGAUUUGGAACCGGAUAUGUUCGAGACCCGACCCGAUUCGGAGACUUUAGUGGUUAAUUCGGUUUUCGAGCUUCACCCGGUUUUAUCGCAACCCGGUUCAAUCGAAAAGCUGUUAGCGACGGUUAAGGCGGUUAAACCGAGCAUCGUAACGGUGGUGGAACAAGAAGCGAACCAUAACGGCGCCGUUUUCUUAGACCGGUUUAACGAAGCGCUUCACUAUUACUCGAGCUUGUUUGACUCGCUCGAAGAUGGAGUUGUCAUACCGAGUCAAGACCGAGUCAUGUCGGAGAUUUACUUAGGUAGACAGAUUUUGAACGUGGUAGCGGCGGAAGGAAUCGAUAGGAUCGAGCGGCACGAGACGCUGUCUCAGUGGCGGAAACGGAUGGGAUCCGCCGGGUUUGAUCCGGUUAAUCUCGGAUCAGACGCGUUUAAGCAAGCGAGUUUGCUAUUGGCGUUAUCUGGCGGCGGAGAUGGAUACAGAGUGGAGGAGAACGACGGAAGCCUUAUGCUUGCGUGGCAGACGAAACCGCUCAUCGCCGCAUCGGCGUGGAAACUCGCGGCGGAGUUGCGGCGGUAGAGAUUACGUCAUACGUCGUCAUAAAGAGGAGAAGAAAAA